GCAGAAGUAUUUCCCCAAUGGGUUUGGCCUAGAAGAAAAAAGGAGGGACUUGGCCACUGUCCCGUUAAGCCGCAACUAGAGAGUACACGGGCCAAGGGGAGUGUACUGCCGAGCCGCAGGUCAGCGAGAGCAUAGAGCCUAUCCUAGGACCCCCGCGGGAAGGAGCAAGGAGGUUCGCUCAAUGUCCCAACGUACCCGGGUUAUUACCCUUCACCUGGAAAGGAGUCAGCCGUUAGGAGGUCCCGCCCCGCGGGGAAGGACUCCGAAUCCGGCGCUGGUUCGCCAUUUUGCGAGGCAGCGGCAGUGGCGGCGGCAGCGGCGGCUGGAGCCUCUGAUUGGGUUUCGGGGUCCGGUACUGGAGCCAAUCAGCGCGGGCAGCGAACCGGGGGAGCAAGGCACGGAGUGCAUCACACAGUCUCUAGGAUCUCCAGAGUGAAACUCACUGUGGACAGGCUUCUAACUUGGAGGGAUCAUGGAGCAGUACACAGCAAACAGCAGUAGUUCAACAGAACAGAUUGUUGUCCAGGCGGGACAGAUUCAGCAGCAGCAGCAGGGUGGUGUCACUGCAGUCCAGUUGCAGACUGAGGCCCAGGUGGCAUCCGCCUCAGGCCAGCAAGUCCAGACCCUCCAGGUAGUCCAGGGGCAGCCGUUAAUGGUACAGGUCAGCGGAGGCCAGUUAAUCACAUCAACUGGCCAACCCAUCAUGGUCCAGGCUGUCCCUGGUGGACAAGGUCAAACGAUAAUGCAAGUGCCUGUGUCUGGGACACAGGGUUUACAGCAGAUCCAGUUAGUCCCCCCCGGACAAAUCCAGAUCCAGGGUGGGCAAGCUGUGCAGGUGCAGGGCCAGCAGGGCCAGACCCAGCAGAUCAUCAUCCAGCAGCCCCAGACAGCCGUCACUGCUGGCCAGACCCAGACACAGCAACAGAUUGCUGUCCAAGGACAGCAAGUGGCACAGACGGCUGAAGGGCAGACCAUUGUCUAUCAGCCAGUUAAUGCAGAUGGCACCAUUCUGCAGCAAGGCAUGAUCACCAUCCCAGCAGGCAGUUUGGCAGGAGCACAGAUUGUUCAGACAGGAGCCAACACCAAUACAACAAGCAGUGGGCAAGGGACUGUCACUGUAACACUGCCAGUGGCAGGCAAUGUGGUCAAUUCAGGAGGCAUGGUUAUGAUGGUGCCUGGUGCUGGCUCUGUACCUGCUAUCCAAAGAAUCCCUCUCCCUGGGGCAGAGAUGCUCGAAGAAGAGCCUCUGUAUGUGAAUGCCAAACAGUACCACCGAAUACUUAAGAGGAGGCAAGCCCGGGCGAAACUAGAGGCAGAAGGGAAAAUUCCAAAGGAAAGAAGGAAAUACCUACAUGAGUCUCGGCACCGUCAUGCCAUGGCACGGAAGCGUGGUGAAGGUGGACGAUUUUUCUCUCCAAAGGAAAAGGAUAGUCCCCAUAUGCAGGAUCCAAACCAAGCAGAUGAAGAAGCAAUGACACAGAUCAUCCGAGUGUCCUAACCCCAGGCCAUGUGAUGGAGCUGAUGUUCCUCACCACCAUUUCCCACUGUUCCAGGAAAUUGAUCAGCUCUUCCCAUGGGUCACUGAUGAUCACAUUCUGCCCUUUUCUAUAAGACAGAAACCACUUAGUUUUUAAUAAGUGGUCAGUAUUAUAAUUGCAGCAAUGUCUGGAAAAUUGAAGUUGCAAGCCUUUGUCUGACCCUUCAGUCAGGACCUAUUUCAGACUAUUGAUGAUACGAACAUUUCAUGGAUUAGGAUGAUGCACGGGACCCAGGCCAGCCCAGCAGUACCACAUAGCACUGAAUGUUGACUGGUGAGGCCAGCCAGUCAUCUCAGUGGGAAGAAAAGCUGCUCACCCUAAACUGCAAUCAGGGAAGCGACAGCCCACUCCUUCCCAUGGAACCUAAACAGCAUCUAUCCCUCUAAAGGGGGAUUUCAGACUGACUUGCUGAAUGGACACUUUGUAUUCAGAGAUGGCUUCUAGGAAAGGAAGUCUCAUCUCAUGAUACAGAACAGUAAAUGCUCUGAGAUAACAUUCAUCUACUCUGUGGUAAUAAUAAGAAUCUCUCUGCCCAGCUGAUAGGUUGGUAUUUUUGGACUCCAGCCAAGACAAAGCUAACUGGGGAUAGAAUGAUAAAAGACUUAAGCACUAAAAAUCUGAACUGCUGAAUAUCCCUUUUUUUUUAAGCCCUGCAAGUUGUCAUCUGCUUGUCCUGUUGACAGAUCAUCUGGACCAUAGUUUUACUAUGUCUACUUUUAAAGCAAUUUAGAGCAUAUCGGACUGUGAAACUGCCUUCUAAAUAGAGAACAAAACUAUAUAACUUCUGUACUGAAGUGCUGAGAACAUUUGUAGCAACUCCUAAACAAUGCCAAACUAGAGAUUUUCAGUCACAGGCUUUGUGACAGCAUUUGAGGGAUAGAAGGAGUGUGUUUCAGUCUACAAGGAGAAGAGAGAGAGUAAAGUAUAUUUACCCAUGUGUUGUCAUAUAGUAUGAUUCUGCAGUGGAUGGAUGCCUGGGAUGGAUCAUUAAGAUGAAGAGAAUAAUUUACGUUUAUACUAUAACCUUUUAACAAGCACGGAAAAAGGAGAAGUCUGAGCUUUGGUCCUUGACAAUUUCUGGAAAGCAUGAUUCAAUCAAGCUAUCCUGGGCAUAUUCCAGGUUACCUGCUAGAGCCUGAAGUGGAUGUUGGCUUCAGUCCUGCAGUGCUUUGUGCUGGCUCCAGAGAGCAAACCUCAUUCUUCCCAUGGCAGUUGAGUCUUGGGUGCCACUUUCCAUUUGUUUCCCCACUUCUUCAUAGGCUCUGUGCAGAAAGGUUUUCACAUUGCAUCCACAUGCUGCAGAUAAACUGUAGACUGAAAAUAGAGAUGCCUGCAGGGUCAGGAACUGGGCCAGUUGUCAGAAUGGGUGGUGCCUCAGAAAUCUGUAUCUAGAUUUCUACAUCAAGCACAUCUAGAUGUUGAACCCCUGAAGAACUAAGAUAAUAUUUCAGUAGGUUUGCUACCUACUCUGGAAACAAAGGAGAACUUAAUCCUUUUGAAGAACAUUUGGGUUUGAUAUAAAUACCAAGUGUAAAGAGUAGCUCUUUGAUUUCACUCUAAUUGUAUUAUGAGGGAAAAGAAAUUAAGCCCUUUAAAGAAAAUAUCACUAAGGGAAAUCAUUGUGAUGAUAGAAAAUAGAGGUAUAUACGAACUAUGCAAAGAAAGCAGAAAGUGAAGUUUCUCUCUAGUCCCUGGCUUUCAGAUGUCAGGGGGAACUAAGCCUUCAUAGGUUCACUAGAUGGCUUCUGGCUCUUCACAUGAGUUUCAGAUAAUUAACUUUUAUUCAGUAAGCCCCCAACUUUUUCACAUGAUAGAUUACUAAAAACAAUGAGGAAUGUAUAGCCCCUGGUUUUUAGGAGUCUUUUAAGAUGCAGAGUCCAGAAAUUCCUCAGACCUAAUUUCUAGUACUUAAGCCAACAGUCCUAAUUUAUUUGUGUAAAUUUGUAUAUAGUAAUACCAACCUCGUAUUGCAGAGUUUUUGUUUGUUUUUUGAGUUUUUUGAAAUUAAAUGCUUCAGUUGUCAUUUUGUCAUUACAUUUCAGGUAGCUAUGGCCCUUUUAUUAUGGUUUUUUUAACACAGCAUAAUAACCCACAAAGAGAGUUAAGGUUUGAAUUUUUUCUUCGUUACUAGAAGUUAUUUUAUUCAUUUGUCUUCAUGACUAGUGAUGACUUCGUAGAUGCAGAAGUGUGAAUGGAUGAAUGAGUAAUUGGUUUAAUUCAUAGUUCACUUCUUGAGUGCUUUUUUUUUUUUGCAGGAUAAUUGUAAAUGUAUAUUUUAAUUGCACUGAUACAUCAAACAUGUCAGUGUGUAUAGCACUGGACCAACACAGCAUUUUCUGUCUAUUGGGUGCCUCAUAAUAACGUCUUGAUUUUCCUUUGGGUCUCAGCUACAUAAAUGGUUUUUUCCCCCAGCAGUAGGGGGAGUACAGGAUCGAUCAUUAAUGUCAUUGCAAUUGUUACUUUUUAAAAUAAAUUUAUAAAAAUAUUAAAAA